GCAUAUUUAAAAAGCAGAUGGUCGAGUCUAAUUUGCUGCAUACAGAGAAAUCCUAAUCACGCAGGAACAGUCUCCAGCCCCACGGUGUAAAAUCUGCUCGUUAAACGCAGUCUUACGUAAAGCUGGCGAAAGUGUGUGCGCAGAUUGUGCGCAACAAUUUGCGCCAAAACUCUCCAUAUCGACGAGGGGCGUUUAAAUGCGCUCGUGAGGAGGGGGGCGCGUGGGGUGUGUGUGAGGGGUUUCGCGUGGGGGAGGGGAACCUCUGAGCAUCACUCUUGUGAGUGUGUGUGGAUGGCGUGGGCUUCUCCUCUCCGUCUCCAAACCGCGCAGCAGCAGCACCACCACCAUCAUCGUCACCACUCGGCUCACAGCGACAGCCUCGUACGCAUCACCAUCCUCAUCCUCCUCCUUCUCAUUCUUCAUCACCACCAUCUCCAAGCUGAAGAGGGACCCUGGCAUCGAAGGAUUUAAGACAGCUUCAACCUGUAACCAGUCAAGCAAAUUGGGAGUCAGCUCUUUAAAUCUCUGAGGUGUCCUGAUCAAACUGAAGCCACAGCACGUUCAGGUGGCUUCUCAAGCUAAACCUUUGACCUGUUGUGCGUCUUCUGUACUUCUUUAACAUGGAGGACGGCUACCAAAACCGGACUGCCUUCAUAAAAGGAGCCAAAGACAUUGCCAAAGAAGUCAAGCGGCAAGCUUCCAAGAAGGUGGGUCGCUCAGUUGAUCGAAUGAGCGAUGAGUACAGCAAGCGCUCCUACAGCCGCUUUGAAGAGGACGAUGACGAUGACUACCCCAUGCAGGGAAGUCAGGAUGGAGGCUACUACCGUGGAGACAGCCAGGCAGCGAACGACGAUGAGGGCGGCCACAGUGACUCCACAGAGGGUCACGAUGAGGAUGACGAGAUCUAUGAGGGAGAGUACCAAGGAAUUCCCAGGGCUGAUUCAGGAAAAGGUAGCCUUGCUGGGGGUCCAGGAUCGGUGGGAGCCGGAGCUCAGCAGUUCAGAGAUAUCGGCGUGUCCGAGGCUGAGAGGAGGAAGGACCAAGAGGAGCUGGCCCAACAGUACGAGACCAUUUUGCAAGAAUGUGGCCACGGAAGGUUCCAGUGGAGUCUGUACUUCGUCCUGGGCCUCGCACUCAUGGCUGAUGGCGUGGAGAUCUUUGUGGUCGGGUUUGUGCUCCCCAGCGCUGAGAAGGAUAUGUGUCUGUCUGAACCCAACAAAAGCAUGCUAGGUCUUAUUGUAUAUUUUGGGAUGAUGGUUGGCGCUUUCCUAUGGGGAGCUCUGGCUGACCGGAUAGGCCGUCGGCAGUCUCUUCUCAUCUCUCUCUCUAUCAACAGUAUCUUCUCCUUCUUCUCCUCCUUUGUCCAGGGUUACAGCACCUUUCUGUUUUGCCGCCUCCUCUCGGGUGUUGGAAUCGGUGGUUCGAUUCCCAUCGUCUUCUCGUACUACUCUGAAUUUCUGUCCCAAGAGAAGCGUGGCGAGCACCUCAGCUGGCUCUGCAUGUUCUGGAUGAUUGGAGGAAUAUACGCAUCUGCUAUGGCCUGGGCUAUAAUCCCACAUUAUGGAUGGAGUUUCCAGAUGGGCUCGGCGUAUCAGUUCCAUAGCUGGCGCGUGUUUGUGCUAGUGUGCGCUUUUCCAUCAGUUGCAGCCAUCGCUGCCCUUAACGCCAUGCCAGAGAGCCCACGCUUCUACUUAGAGAAUGGCAAACAUGACGAAGGCUGGAUGGUUCUGAAGCAAGUUCACGACACAAACAUGCGAGCAAAGGGAUACCCAGAGAGGGUGUUUUCUGUCACCACAAUCAAAACUGUGAAGCAGAUGGACGAGCUGGUGGAUGUUGGCACCGACACGCCUGCUUGGCAGCGCUACAGACUGAAGAUUAUGAGCCUCUCCCAACAGAUACGGAAUAACAUCCUUGCCUGCUUCAGGCCAGAAUAUAAACGGACGACCUUUAUGCUCAUGGCUGUUUGGUUUUCUAUGUCGUUCAGCUACUACGGUCUAACCGUGUGGUUUCCGGACAUGAUCAAGUACAUCCAGAAGCAGGAAUAUGAAUCACGCACGAAGACCUUCACUAAGGAGCGAGUGGAGCACGUCACGUUUAACUUCACCUUGGAAAACCAAGUGCAUCGCCAAGGAUACUACUUCAACGACAAAUUCCUUAACCUGAAGAUGAAGUCCAUGGUUUUUGAAGACUCCGUGUUUGAAGAGUGCUACUUUGAGGACAUCACAUCCACGCACACCUUCUUUAGAAACUGCACCUUCAUUGCCAGCUUGUUUUAUAACACAGAUUUAUUCAAAUACAGACUCGUCAACAGCAAACUGGUCAACAGCACGUUUCUCCACAACAAGGAGGGCUGCAUGCUCGACUUCAGCGACGACUUCAACAAUGCCUACAUGAUCUACUUUGUCAACUUUCUCGGCACCCUGGCGGUGUUGCCUGGCAACAUCGUCUCGGCUCUAUUAAUGGAUAAAAUUGGGCGGUUAAGGAUGCUGGCCGGGUCCAGCGUCAUAUCAUGUGUCAGCUGCUUCUUCCUGAUGUUUGGAAACACCGAGUCGGGGAUGAUCGCCCUCUUAUGUCUAUUUGGUGGCAUCAGCAUCGCCUCGUGGAACGCCCUGGAUGUGAUAACAGUGGAGCUCUACCCCUCGGAUAAAAGGACCACAGCGUUCGGCUUCCUGAACGCCCUCUGUAAACUGGCGGCCGUUCUGGGGAUCAGCAUCUUCCAGUCAUUUGUGGGCAUCACCAAGGCCAUACCCAUCCUAUUUGCGGCUGGCGCCCUCGCCGCCGGCAGUUUCCUUGCCACAAAGUUGCCCGAAACCAGAGGCCAAGUGUUGCAGUAAAGCCGAUGACCAGCAGAGGGCAGCAGAGUCCAGCUGGCGUGUUUAACAACUAACAACAUCCCUGAGAGCUUCAGCUCUGCUGUCACAUACCAACAAACACAGACUGCCAUCCCCAUUGUAAGCCCAGAAUCCUUUGAAAUGUGGAUUGCAUCAUUCAAAGAGGAGAACACACAGAGGUAGAAAAAGAUGAUGUUAUAUUUGUGAUCACUUAAUUUCCGCUGCUUUGUCAGGUAUUCAAAAUAUUCAGAAAAAGAAUCAGAUAUCUUAUGGAAGAGCCACUCUUAGAGGGUGAUAAUGUGCUCCCACAGAUGCUCAGUGACACAGAACGAUCACAUGAUGAGAGGAAACUGAUUUUAAAAAGCCAUUUCUGAAGGAACGAGAAUGAUUUAGUCGGUGUAUGUGGUGAGUUUUCCGUUUUUCUUUCUCGUCUGUCCUCGACCUCAGUGACUGGCGUACAGUGCCUCUGUUUAAUGUGCUGUGACGUUACUGGAACAGUUCAGUUUACAUUUGCAUCCAGACUGUUGCUCAUAGACUUGCUUGCAAAAGUUCUCAAAAUGAAUUUCAGGGUGAACAUAUUUUCUGUUAAAAAACAAAAAAACCCUCCCAUGACCCUCGAUCACUGCCUCCUACUGAAGCCUGACCUGCUGGCCGCUGUUAUUCUCUACCAAAUAUUGUUAAAACAUUCCAGUGAGGCUGCUGUUACUCAGACACAGAGAGCCGAGGUGCUUUUUCUCUCCCUGAGUAAUUCCAGUUCUCUGCUCAGAGCCUCGAAAUGCAGGCAGGCGAAGACGCAUUUCACAGGAUUCUCUGUUGUAAAUGGGAAUAGUUUGAUCCAGUUCCUCGGUGUUUGGUGUCAAAACUGAUGUUUUCCCUCCGUGUCGUGUGGCAGUUUGAUGAUGUUUUCGAGGAACGUCUGUGGGACGGAUUUUGGUCAAGUGCUAAACUGUGAGAGCAAAAACUUGUGGUAUUUGCCUAAAUUAGUGGUGUGUGUAUGUGUGUGUGUGUGUGCAUGUUUUUGUUUGUACUCUGAUUUAUUCAUUUACAUCUCAGUGUUUCAUGCAAAUGACAGUGUCAUUUGUGUCAGUGGGAAUUUUACUUAUCCAGCAGUGGUUUGAAUAAGCAGUGUAGCCACACAUUAUCAAGGUACCUUAGAGGUGUAACUAUUGUAAAAACUAGCCUGAAAUCUCCACGUAAACACCCACAGUAUCCUGCCACAAAAGCAUCUUCCCAGUGCCCUUGCUAAUGCCUGUAAAAGGUGUAAUGUUUAAGGCUUGUUCAGAUAACUAAUAACCAGCACAAUGUUUGUGCGGUACUUUCGGCGGCUACCUUGUUUCCCACACCAGAUGGAUCUGCACGUUUGAUCUGGCACAGAUUUUACACCGGAUGCUGAGGCUGGGUUUGUGUCUUCUCCGGGUCUCAAGGACAAGGCAGGAAUCAACAUUGUAGUAAUAAUUUCAGUUUUCAUUAUUUUUUCUUCAUGAUCCCUUCAGGAUAAAGCAAUUAGGCCUGCAGUAAAAUCAAUUAUAUCUCCAUUAUUAUUAUCUUAUUCAUCCGCUCUAAAGGAAAAGCAACAUAUGAACCAAAACCAUGGCUUUUAAGAAUUUAGAUCCCUGUUAUCCUUAUUGUACAUGUAGUUUAGUCCACCUCCAAUCCAUAUGAGAAUUAGUCAGAACAUAAGUUAUCUGACUGAAUGGGAAAGCUAAUUCUUGAAGUCGAAACAACGAAAGGAGACUGAUUUAGUUCUUUUGUUUGCUGUAUUUAACAAAUUUCCCAGAGGAACCCACCCGAGGGAUUAAUAAAGUUUUAUCUAUCUAUCUAUUUUUUUUGUUGGGGAUCAAAACACGCAAACAAAGCAGUCUUCAUUUACCCGAGAAAAACUGCACACAAGCACAAAUCAAAUGGGAAAAGAAGCUGUUAAAAAAAGUGAACAAUUAGACAGUGUGGCAAGAGAAACAAGAAUAUAAUUUUAUUUUAAGGGCUCCUGUUCAGACAUUCCUUCACUGCGUCCAUUCCCGCUGGGAAAAGAUGGAAAUUUGUAACUCAUUUUUAUUUCUGUCAUCUUUAAGGGUACGCAGGCUCUUAGUUUACAUGUAAAAACCUGCUGUGACCUCAUCUCAAGAAUCAGAAUCACCCUUAAAGCGAAGCUGAUUGUGUACAUCUUCAUUCUGUAAACAUAUGGCAGUAUUUUGUGUACUAUUUGUGUGCUGACAAUCAGUGAGAGUGUGACAUUUUGACCGAAAAACGUCCUCUGGAUUGUGUGUAUGUGUGUGUUAGUGCUGUUAUCAGCCCCCUCUAUAGUAAACAAAUACCCUUGUUCACUUAUGGUAGCUUAGCUUAGCAUAUAGCCUGGACAUGAUGGGGAACAGCUACACUGGCUCUGCUGUUUCUCCUGUUAAGCUAAGCUAAGCUAAGCUAAGCUAAGCUAAGCUAACUGCCUGCCAGCUGUAGCUUCAUAUUCAGCAUAUAAGACAUGAGAACAUUAUCUUCUCACUAAAGAAUGCAAAUGAUACUAUCUCUAAAACCUAUUUCUUUGAAAUCUUUCUUCAAAUCUACAUGCUGAGGAUCAUACCUGAGGGGUGUACUACAAGGUCAGGGCGUGAUUAGCAGAUUAGCAAGCUACGUCAAGCUAAAAGUCAUCAGUUUGUCAUAAUGAUCUGAUAACGUUUAUGAUUGGAGUAGGGGGGACACUCAUAGGUAUCAUUUUGUGCAGAAGAAGAGCUGUACCUGUAAAACCCCCCAUUUUUAUGUUUAUGAGUGCACAAAGAGCAUGAAGCGGAAAGCCCAGCUUACCAGAGAAAGUUGAUAACCUCCAUCAUGAUACACAUUAUCUCCAGCUGGGGCUUAAGCCAAAGAAAGCCUGGCUAUGUUUAACUUCCUUUGUAGUACACCCCUCCGUUGUUUGCUGUUUGUGUACAAAGAUGUAUAUGUUUAAUGAACAGAUUUGUCCCAUCUUGUUCCUGUUGGAAAGACUGUUUGGAUGUAUGUAUGUGUGUCUGUGUGCGUCUGCUGACUAAAUCGUCUGUCACAUAUUUUUCUACUUUUUUCUGUUGCGAUUCUGUUUUCAUCCCUGUGAUGAUUACAGCUCAGUUGGGGACCACGGGAUAUAUUUACACUAUGAAAAGAAAAAAAAAGACCUAUAUAUGCAGUGUAGAAAUCAGUGUGUCGUUCUUCAUAACAGACUCGGGUGCUCUUUUGCUGACACACCCUUUGAAACAAGUCCCUUGAAAGGCAGCCAGAAAUAACACACGGUCUGCUCCUCAGUUUUAGAAACACACAGAAAAGGGAAAAAAAGAGAAAGGGAUCGCAUCUUAAAUUCAUAAAGACGGCUUCACCCCCUAAACCUUCUGUAUUCAAACGACUGUGACGCAUGUUCGUUAUCGUAUUGUCUGACUUUCUUGGACGUCCUGUAUGCCAGCUGUUUUUGUCCAAAGCAAGAACUAGUGUUUUCAUUGUCGUAUGAUGACAUAGAUUUGUUGCUUGCAGUGAUUGUUCUUAAUCAAAGUGGGGUGAAAACUGGUGAAACUCGAGUAUGUGUUCUGAAAGUGAGUUAGUGGUGACUGUGCUCCUUGUUUACCUUGGACCCAGGUAACCUUUUUUGUUUUUAUUAUAUAUAUAUAUGUGAAUAUACAUGCUUGAAUUUCUGAGGAGGUUGCUUGUGAUCUUGAAGAUAAGCUUUGGCUGGAAAGGGAAGUACACUUUCAAUGUGAAGUGCAUGAAAAGUGUAAUUUGACAUAAACUUGUUUGUUUAUGUGAGUCUGUAUUAAAGGGGGAGGUUUAAGUAAUCAAGUCAAACUCAAAAGGACCACGGGUUUAAACUCAUCAAAAGAGCGCCCUCUGUCAACUUGAAGCUCCUGUCCAAACUGUAAAAGUUUACGGAUUAAUGUUGCUACGUGUAGAAUUUCAUUCUAUAUACAUAUAAAUAUAAAUAAAUAAAUAUAUAUAUAGAUAUACAUGUAUAAACUAUAAAAAGAGUUGCUGAUUUGAGUUUUAUCCAUAAAGGAAGGCAGUGAUAUUGGGUGCGGUCAAAAUAAAGCAAACACCAGCCUGAUAAGACUUCCCCUUAAUGACGGCAGUCUUUUAAAAAGUGCGGGAGAAACACCUCCCGCAUCUGCAGAGAACUGCAAGGAUCCAUCACUGUAGUUGGAGCGAUGGCGUUUCUGUUUGCUUUCUUUAGUUUGACUCUGAGCUGUUUUAUUAUCUGAUAAAAAGUUCUACUCUAAAUGUGAGUUCAAUUCAAGAUUCAGUGUACUGUGUGUAGAAACCGUAGAUGUUUGUAUGUGCAAGUAUGCAAAUUGUGAAACAAAAAGAUUACGGAAACAGUUCCAAAAAAAGUUUGGUAUGACACAAAACUUUAUUGUGUGUUGUCUUUGUGUUUUGUAAAUCAAGACUGAACAUCUUGGUAAAUUCAGUAUUUAUUACUUCUGGAUAUUGAGAAUAUUUUAGUGAUGCUGAAAAGGUGCUGUAUUUAUUUUAUGUGAGAGUUGUCCAUUAUGCUGGGUUUUGCACUUUUGUGCUAUUUAUCCAGUUCUUUGAAUAAAAUCAUAAUGGAAAUAAAACUUGAAGAAAGAAAA